AUGCUGGCCGCUGUGGCGUGCCGCUCGCAGCUGCACGACCGCGGCACGCGCGCACUCUUCGCCAGCCUCGCUGUCGCCAACCUCGCGCAGGCGGCCGCCGUGCUGCCCGCCACCUUCGCCGUGCUCAUCCUCAACAACUGGGUCUUCGGCCGCACGCUCUGCUACUGCCUGCCCAUGAUGCAGGACAUCCCUCUGCACGUGACGAUGCUGACGUUCGUGCUGCUGGCGACGGACCGCUACCGGCUGGUGCUGUACCCGUACAAGCCGCGGGUGCCGCUCUGCAUCUGCGCCAUGGGCUCGUGGCUGCUCGCCGUGUGCAUAGUCGUGCCCUACCCCUUCUACCUGACGUACCUCGACCUGGGGUUGCUGUGGAAGCCGCUUGAAGGUACUGGCUUCUGCAUCGUCAACCUCGUGGCCAGCAUGCAAGACUAUAUGCGUGGUCUCUUCCUAUUCACGUACGUGUUGCCGCUGUCGACGAUGGCGUACCUGUUCGUGCGGGUGUCUCAGGAGCUGAAGACGCAGGGCGGCCCGCUGGCCGUCAUGAUGUACGAGGCUCGCGGCCGCGACGAACACGGCCGUAGCCACUCCGCCUGCCACAGCUACAGGAGCGACCGCUGCGGCCUGUACGACGCAGAGCUGGACGUGGUGGAGGAGAAGCGCGCGCACAAGUACCUGGUGCUCAUGGUGAGCGCCUUCGGCUUCUGGCUGUGCCCCCUCAUGGUACUGCGGGUCGUGCGACAAGUGCUCCCAGAGACAUACGAGAACGAUGCGCACCUCGACGUGACCUACACGGUGUUCGUGUGGUUCGCCUUUCUGCACACAUGCAGCACUCCAGCACUGUACGCCUCGUGGACUCUCAGUCCGCUGGAGAAGGAGCGGCUGCGGCUGUACUUCCGCUUUGGUGAGCGCCGGCGGCUACGGAACCGCAGCCAGUCGGCCUUGGGGGCGGUGGUGCAGCAGCAGCAGCAGCCGCCGCCGGAAGCCGGUCUGGAGUCUCCGGAGGAUGAGGAGGAGGAGGGGGAGGAGCCGGAGGAGGAGGUGGAGGAGGAGCGAGAGGGCAAGUCCUGAGGGCAGGCCGCCGUGGGCUCCCCCACCUCCACCAGCAGUCGCAGGGUCCGAGUCUGAGGAACCGCGCUCAGCUUCCUGGCAGGAAGGCCGUGUGCGCGGCUCUUUGGAGAGGACCCACUGCCGACCGACCACGCCCUCUGUGCUCUGCCCACGGUUCAAGUGCUACGGGAACCCUGGCUGCGUCUGUUUACCAAGCUGGAAACAUUCACAGAGUACUUAUUCCAUUGUUACAGGUUACGCUCCGGCAGCCAUCGUUCUAUUACUGGAGGUUCGAAAAAUACGGUUCGUGUGGACAAAUGAAUAAAUUUUGUUGCAGCAGCUACAAAGUGCACAUGAAAAUAGUCGUCAAAUGCGUAAAGAAAGACCCAAACACACAGUUCACUACUGUUAUAGUUAUUUCGAAUCAAUCUGCUGAAGAUUGAAGUUAAUAAAGUGAUGUGGAUUGCCAACACAGAAUACAUAUAAUGUUCCAAAUAUUUUGAGUCAAACUAUUGAACGUCGAAUGUGGCAAAAUGCAGUAAAUGAACGAGACAAAAUAAGUCUUAUAUUCAAAACAUAAGAUAAAUUAGAGAAAUUCCCUCAUCAGUGACUUUGAGGUCUUUGAAUAUGCAGUAAGUACGGUGGAGUUGGCACAUACUUUGAAUGGUUUAUAGUUCCUUACAGCCACAAUCAUUGACUGAUUUCCCAGAGAACAUCUCUUAAAGUAGUUAUUGUAUUUACCAUCUCAUUUUGCAGUUCACUUUCUUCCAGGUUAUCCGUUCUAGAUGCUUCGGUUGGAACAGAGAUUUGAGAUGGCAUCGACUGUUUUGACGCAUUUUAGCUUCCUGCUAUCUGUAAUUGACAGAGAAUACUCGAAUAAUAGAACAAAUUUAUUUUGAACUUACUCUUCUAGGUGAAUGACGAUGCCCACCAUUUCCGAUAUUAACCGUGGUUCGCUCGUACGUGACACACCCUAUGUGUCACGGCGAAAACCAGCCGGGAAGUAAAAUGCAUGUUCCUUUGACGCAGAAAGUAAUCAAUCACUGCAUGUUUCUCUUAAGCGGCGUAUCCACCCCGUUUGUAUUGAUCGAAAUGAGCACAUCCUGUCUAGAAGAGCUAUACGUUGCUCUUGGAUAGUUUUUUAUAUUUUUUGCAGCCUGAGACCUUCUAACACAGUGUUUCGUGUUUCUUAAGGACCGUGACAAGAUGACUUGCAGGAACGUGAAAAUCACCUAUCCUUCGGGGAACAAUAAUUACUUACCAAGCAUUUCGUCUACUUUCUGUUAAUGCCGCUGUCAGUAUGAAGACAGCGACAUUUAUAGAGAUAGUUCCACACGUACCUAUUUUGAUUUUUGUUCUACGAAGCACUGAAUAUUCAUCAACCUCUCAAACUCGCUGUACAGAAUACCACCAGUUAGGGCCCUGAAUUGAUGUGUUCAGUGUGUCACUAUUAUCAUUACUUUACAAAGCAAGCCAUUUCAUGUGCGUACAUAGGAACUGGCUGUCAUAUCACAGCUGUAAGGAGAGUAUUUGUCAAGUUUCAAAGUGAAAUUCGGAAUUUUCGGAACAAGGUUGGUAGCAGUAUGUGGGCCUCGCUUUCCGCAUACAUACUUCGUUGUGAAUCGCAUGUCUCUGUCGCGAAGUAGUGGGACUCUUCAUUUCACAUGUCACUCAUGUUUUCGGCUGUAUGCUAUCGACCAAUAGCACAAGCUUUCGGGCACAAACCGCACCUGCCAGCUUGUUUUUCUUCGAACGUUUCCUGCUUCACUGGAAAAAAAGUUCUUGCUUUUAUUACUGUUUCCCAUGGUCACCAACUAAAUAAUUAAAAUAUUUAUCCCUGCAUCUCCGGUAGUGACACAUCCAAACAUGUAUGAAAAUUUCAGCCUUCGUGUUUUGUGACCGUUUGUUAGCAUUCCGAAACUCCUCUUGCACAAAGUUUACAGUAAUUUCGCUUCUCAGUAUUGAUUCGGACUAGCGUUGCUGGAACAUCUGUGGAAAAUCUGUAGUAUGUUGACAAAUUAUGAACGGACUAUUUUCCAGUAUUUAUUCACGCACAUUUCCUAACGGUAGCACACCUUAAUGCUAAGCUUAACAGAUGUCAUUCAUUUCUUUGUCUUAAAGCUGAGAGCAUGUGUACGUUUAAAUAUCCCAACCUUGAAGUAAAAAUUUAAUUUCGUUAUCUCGUUUCCCAUUGAGAUAUCUAAAUACUGCUCUUAAUUGACAAGCAGUGAAAAUGUUUGUCUUCCUGACCUUUUCAACUCGGUAUAACAUAGUGAAGAGAGCUCAAGUGGAUUUCACACGGAAGGUGCAUACUAUCGUAAACGCGGAACUGAAAACUGUACAAAAUCGUACUGGUGUCGAUCAUACCGAAAUUAAACGCCGUUAUCACAUGACAGUUUGUAUGAAUCAUCAAUGACAAGCAACUUCUUCUUACAGUUUAAACAGAUAUAUUCAAAACGGGUGGACUUAACGAUGAGGCAGCGUGACUCCCUGAGCUUAGUCUUGUGUUACGUUCACUCUGAGAGGUAUAUAUGUACGACGUAUCUAACCAACUACACCUUUUCCUUUUACUUUUCUUAAUAGUAAUGGGAUCUGGCUGCCGAUACUACUUCUGAACACCUCUCUUGAUUUUUGUGCACCCACCUUUCCAUGGGUUGAAUGCAGUCCAGAUCACUCAGUUUCUCUCAUUGUUUCACCUUAUAAUAAAUAUUUUAUUGUUUCGUGACUGAUGUGACAUGAUGGGGAGACAGAAACUUACAGCCGCGUCCGUCAAAAUUUAUAAGUAAAUUCAAAGUAACCACCAAUGGGAUUGGGCUGCUCAAAGUAAGCAAGACUCAUUAGUAACUUUAGAGUGUCUAUUUUGACACGAGAAAUGAGGUGCCAUCACGGCAUCAGAGGAACUACAAACACGAAUUUUUUUCCGAGAACUACACCAGAAAUACCAGGGAAUAAUAUUUUCGUGUGACUUCGUCACUGGAAGUGCAAUGCCCAGAUAAGCUGCUGUGGAGUUGUUAAAUAUAAUAAUGUAGAUACUAGGCGGCGAUUAAACAACAGUCGGCCAUUUUUUUAUGAACUUGAAUAAUUAGAGCUCUCAUAAUGCGAAUUAAGCUCUGCGAGUGUAACAUUGUGGUGAGUUACCAACCAUUAUGCCUCACAGGUCGCGGUGGGUGAAGCGGAUAUCCCUUUCGAAAUGCUACUGCUAACCACCAUAGGAAGCAGACAGGAUGCUCAUCGCAAAUCUGAGCAGUGAGGUGAACUUAUCGUGGGCAGCUACACGUGUGCAGUUUCGGCGGCUGUUAAGGAAUGCAACGGGUGCUAUGCUAACUGUUAUUGCUGUGUCUCCAGUCAAGAGGAUUCCAAUAAGCAUAAGCCGUGAGACAUCACUCGCACAUUCGCAUACCUCAGAUCAUGGCACCUUAAGAACUUUCUGGUUUCCUUUAUACGUAAAGAUUAGCGCUUCCCGCCCCAGACUACCAUGGUGCUAUUAGGGACCAGCAGUCUCUUUGCGACAAUCAGGCCUCAUCUCCUUCUCAGAUUCACCUCAACCGACACAAAGGUAAGGCACCCAAAACAAUUGCGUCUAAAAGAUAGGAAGAGGAUAAACCAACGGCGCAAGAGGUGGAUAACUUCUUAACACGGUUGCUGCACAACGCCAACGUCCUCAGUAUCUCCCAUGCUCUUACUUCCAUAAAAACUUUCACAACAUGUACAUCAAUAAAGGACAUCUAGAGACUCGUUGAAAUCUUAUUUUUCUUGGUCAUUAUGCAUUCCUGAAAGGUAUCUACUGUUCGGGCUGUGUUAAUGUGGAAGGAAAAUUUUACGCUGUGAGGAAUACUGCAACUGCGGAAGUGUAAAAACUUAUGCUGUGUAUGGCAAGGAAUGCAAAGUAAUGGCUCAAAAAGUUGAAAAAGUGAAUUCUAAAUUUUAAUAAGUGAAUGUUAUGUCACUGAACUUCUUUCGAUCGGAAACAUACUCCUAGGAUCAAGAGGAAAAAAAAUGAAUGUUGUGUACGUUACCACGAAUGCAUAACGCAUUCCUCUCAGUCCUCCUCCGCUUUCUUCGUAAGCAGUACAUACAUCAUCAUGCCAUUGGAAACUAUUGCUGUAACUACUGUGCUUCAGUAUCCAUGCUACAGUGUGGAAAUUUACGAAGUUUGUUUAAAAUUAAAGACGAGUUACUUUAUUCAGUGCGAAAAUACAGCUUAUUUAAAUAAGGUGAGACUUACAUACAUCGAACGUUUUUAACAUUCGGAACAGAAUAAUAGUUGGUAAUAUGUGUAUAUCUAACAUGUAAACAUGGAGCAACAUUUACAACACGAUUUUAUGUUAACUUCUUAAAAAUUGUUCUCAGAAAGUGCAUAUUUAUCAGCAUCAGAGGAAUAAUACUGGUAUAAAGCUUUACUCCACAGGCGCAAAUCAAUGCGAACAAGAUAUUAUUAUAUGCGAAUUAUAUGUAAGUGUUAAAUGUUGUGUCAGAAGUUGUUGUAUUUACAUACAUUUUUCUAAGUGUGUACUUUACGAAGCUUUCCAAAAUGUGUCCUCAUUAAAGAGUGUACCAGCUUUAUUCUUUUGUCACUCGUAGUUAAGUGCAGCUGAUUUUUUGUGGGGGCUGCGUAAUAUGUUAACUUGCUAUGAUUGUUUAUGUGCUAAAUGUUGAUCUGCGAAUGUACCAGGAAACAAAAAU